UUGCAGUCGCCAUAACAACGGGACGCUAAGUGCUGGAAGGGACAGUCAACAAGUGGCUACUUCGGCCGCCCUUGAUCUUAUUUUCCCUCAACAGUCCGCCUUUAUCGACCACAGAGAACCAACUGUUGCUUCGUCAGUGGUGCAGGUUCAAGUGAACGAGCAUGGCGUGCCAUUUCAGUGCAAACCAGUACCAGAAUGCCUUCGAUCCGAAGCGUCUCCAGAACUGGAACGUGCCCAGCAGCUACAAGGAGAGGCCGACCAAGCUGGAGGGUUUCACCCAGAUCGUGGCAAACAACCGCGGCCACCUCCUGCCCGGGGUGCCGCGCUCCGCUACCUCACCCUGGGGCACGUUCCUGGGGACCUGGGACAUGCCCAAGUCCAUCCCGCCCUGUCCGCCCACCAGUCUCACCGCACGGUCAUCCAAGGCUGCCGAGAAAAUCCUCGCGGCCCAGCAGAGGUCCAAACUCAACACUGCCAGCAACGGCUUCAACAUUGCCAAGCUACAUAAAUUGGAGUUGAGAGCGAGGUCUGCACCCCCCAAGCUGAAGUCCCCCGCCCCAGAGCGCCAGAAGUCUGCGACCCCCACCAAAGCCCCCAGCCCUGUCGCACCAGAAAGGGUCCCGACACCUGCACUGGAGAAGGUCGCUGAGGUGGAAACAUAGAAACUGACCAAAAUGCCAACUUUCUUCCAUUUUUGUUUUUUGUACAUUUCAUUUCUGCACAUGUAAAUAAAGCAAUUGUCCCAGUAAUGUUGCUUGUUUGUGUGAGAUUAUACAUUUGCUUCUAUGUCAUAUGCAGUAAGAGAAAUAGUGUUGGCAACUCAUUUGCUAGUAAGAAAAAUUUAAAAUGUUUUAGGAAGAGCUCCUCUCCAGUUAGAUGGAAGUGGAAGUGUCUGGUAAAUACUUUGUACAUGUAUGCUAGCCUACUCCAGUUUAGAACAAAAGACUUCUUUGUAAACAGGACUGAAUAGAAAUACCUGAAUGCUAUAAAGUAUGGGGAACAGUGAAAGUCAUGCUGUAGUGGCAGUUGGAUGGAAGUCAUGUACAUUACCCUGUCUUAUACCAUAUAGACAGAGCACUGCAUUCAAUCAUGUAUGUUGGAUUAAAAGAUUAACAACACUUAUAAUACAAGCUUAUAACUUAUCACAUCCAUAACUUAGAACAUUUGGAGAGAAAAUGAACCACUGUCUCACACAAGCACAAGAAUUACUUGUCAGGGCACAGGCGAUGAUCUUAUCAACUCAUUCCCUUCUAAACGGGAAACUAUAAUACGUCUAACGUUAUAUGUGUAAAAUUAAGCAUUCAGUGAUUCCAUUCCCUGUUGGAAUCUUACAUGUACAUGCAACGUAACCAUAGCCAUUAUGAUAUCACUGUUUCCAGAAUAUGCUGUAUGUGGUUAGUGGUCACGUAUUGGACCUAACUUAACCAUGUGUGCAUAGACAGCAUUUUUCACAGAGACAUUUCUUUGACAAAUAUUUUGUCAUCAUCUUUCCCUUCACCAAUCAUUUGUACAUCUUAAAAUGCCAUAGUCCAAUCACAUGAUGGAAUAAACAUUAGAAGUAAAAGCACCCAGUAAUAACAAGUAUCUCACCAACCAAGGCUUCCAAUUAUAGUCAAUCAUAUUACACAUGUUAAAUAUAUCACACUAGAUAUAUUGUUGUUGCUGAAAGCUGCUAGAGGGUGAUUUUGGUGGGUAAUUAUUGCUUACUUAUUACCAGUCACAGAUUAAUAUUUAGUUAUGUAAACUGCUUAGCUGCUAGCCAUGAUAAUAUAUUAUCCAACUGAUAAGUCUUUAACUUUUAGUCUUGAAUCACUUAGCCAUAGUUUGUGUAGAAUAAAAUCAGAUGGUGCUAAACUAUGUUGUCAUAUACAUGUAUACAGAAUUGACACUAUGUCAUACUUAUAAUUCUUAAGAAACACUGGUUGUCUCC